AUGUCUGAUGACGAAAUGUCGGAAAAAGACGAAACGUCUGAUAAAUUGAAACCGAAAGAUACUCCAUUAAGUGCUUUGUUACCACCGAAGUAUAAAGACGUGGAUGUUAAUAAAAUGUUUCCUGAUUUUAGAAGUGGAAAAGUAAUUUUAAUUACAAUGUUUUAAUUAUAUAUUAUAUUUUUGGUUUAUUUCUAAAUUAGGUGUUGAGAUUUUCACGAUUAUUUAAGCCGAAUAAAUUAAAGCGAUUACCUAAUGUUUGGAAGAAUGUCAAAGUGAAACGCAUAAAAAAAAAGAGACAUAGUACUAUAAAAAAAGAUAAUAACUCUUCAGAUAAUGGUUCAAAAAGUGAAAUUCAAAUGUGCCUUGAAUUUGGAUCAACCCAGGGUUCUGAAUUCUUUGCUUCUGAUGACAAGGUUAUUUUUAGUUUUUAUUAUUGAUGUUAUAGAUUUUUAUUUACAUAAGAGUUUUACAGAUUAAAUUUUUGCAACCUAUUGAAAAUGUAUCUGAACAAACUAUUCAAGAUAAAAGAGGAUAUGAAGACAGUUUAAACAAUCAAUCCUUUUGGAGAAAUGGACCUGCGAAGCUGUGGUAUGACAUGCUGGGAGUUUCUGAAAAUGGAAAAGAAUUUAAUUUCGGUUUUAAACUUAAAGAAAAUAAUGUUAGUAAAUUAUAUAUAUAUAUGUAUAUAUUAGUAUAAUAAAGCUUAACUUUUGAAAACUGUGCUUAACUUUAGAAUAAAGAUGAAGCAAAAAAUCCAUUUUCCGAUGAUGCAUUUCUAAUGGUUAGCCAGAUGCAUUGGGAAACGGAUAUAUUAUGGAGCCAAGAAGAUAUUAAACAAAAAGCUUUUCAAAAGUUGAAUUGUAAGACUAAUGUUGCUGGUUGGGUUCCAAGUAGUACAAAUCGUACAGCUCAUGGUUCUUGUAGUCAGCCAGGAAAAGGUAUGCUUCCUCUUGCAGGGGGUUCGGUACAAUUAGCUACAUCCAGCAUUAAAGUAACACAAUCACAAAAAAUAGCUACUAAAUCAAAUAUGUAAGUUCUUUGUCACAUUUUUUUUUUUUUUUGAACUAGUUAAAUUACAUUAAUGGCUUUUAAUGAAAGAUAAAAUAAUUUUUAACUUUUGAUUUUAUUUCCUCUUAAAUACUCUGAAAACUUUAAAGAUUUUAAAUUUAACUGAUUAAAAUAGGUUCUUACUUUACCUAAAUUUGUUUAUAAAUAAGGACAUCAGAACAAAUACAUUUUACCACACCCCUAAAGAAUUUUAAAUUAGAAUUUUCAAUUUUUUUUUUCUAAAAAGUGUAUUUUUCAAAGCUGAUUUUGAAACUGUUUUAAUUUUGUUCUGGAAAAUAUUAAAGAAGUUUUGAAAAAAAAAUAUCAAAUUUUCAAUUAUUGUUUACUGUAUCUCUAUUCUGUAUAUAUAUAAAUAAAAUAGUAAAUACAAAUAAUAUAUUAAUAAAUAAUGUUAGAGUAUAGUUAUUUUAAGAAUUACCUUUGCCAGAAAAUAUUAGUAUUGUAUAAAAUGGAUAAUAUUCUGCCUUUAAUAGUGCUAACAAAUAUGAAAAUGAAAGAAACCUUAUUGUUCAAAACCAUGUUGGUAAGUAACAGGGUGGGAAAUUAAAACCUCGAGAUUAUAUGUUAGACUUGUAGAAUCAAAGAAAUAACAUUUUUAAAUAACCAAUACUUGUAAAAUGUAUAUAAAUAAAAAACUUAUUUGCAUCAUCAUACUCAAAGCCAAAAAGGACAUCUUAAAAAAAAAUUGUUUGAAAAUAUGGAUUAUUUAAAAUUAAAAUAGGUUCAAUAUCAAUGUUGAAAAACAUAUCUUUUUAAAAAAAAUUGGAAUCCACGAGGAGCAUGUAAAGUAAAUUUUAGCCAGGAAGUCAUACAAAGUUAAUUAUUCAUUAAUUGAGUUGUUAAAAAUUAGUAUUGAUUCAAUUUAUAUUAUAACAUUUUAGUUAAUAAUUGGGUAAUAUUUGUUUAAAAUGGAUACUUAGGUAUGCUAAACAACAGCCAAUAAAUGAUACUACAGAUGAUACUUGGUAUUCCAUAUUUCCAGUGGAAAAUGAAGAAUUAGUAUAUAGUACUUGGGAAGAUGAUAUAGUUUUGGAUCCUAUUAAUAUGGAAAAGAUACCUUGUCCAAAAAUAUUAACUUUAGAUCCCAACGAUGAUAAUAUUAUAUUGGGCAUUCCUGAUGAUGUAGAUCCUGUAAAAGAAAGACGUAAAAAUACUACUCCAGCAAAAGUGAAAAUUCCUCAUCCUCAUGUUAUGAAAUCAAAAUUAUUACUGGGAAAAGCUGGAGUUAUUAAUGUACUUGAAGAAGAUAAUCAAUUGCCUCCACCUAAAGCUCCAGACCAAAUAGAUCCAUUUAAUGUAUCUAAUGACUGGUAUAUGUUAAUUACUUAAUGUUUUUAUGUUUUAGUUUAAACUACAGUUAUUUUUAAACUGAUUGAAAUCUAGAACUCUUUGAUUGAUAAUAAAUUGAAUAUAACAUACAUUUUCCAAUUUGAUUUUAGCUACUACCAAACAAGAUCAUCUGAAACAUCAUUACGCCUUAAAUUUGGUAGUGGUAAUAUCAUUCAGCAUUCAACACCUAUUGUGGAGUUGAAGGCACCAUUCAUUCAAACUCAUAUGGGACCAAUGCGUUUGAGAAAUUUCCAUCGUCCUCUGAUGAAGAGAUACUCUCAUGGUACUAUUGCUCAGCCAAUAUUUCACUAUGUGCAACCUUUAUUGAAAAACAUACAAAAUAUAACAAAGGUAAUUAAAUUAUGAAUAAAUCAUCAAUAAUAAUAUGCUCUUUAUAAACAUAAAAAUCUUGUACAAAUUUUAUUGAAAUAUUUUAUCAGAAAGUUUUAUUGUAUAAACACAAACAUUGAAUUUUCAUUAAUUUAGCUUAGAGAACAAGAAUGUAUUGCUUCUGGUGGAGGAGACGUUUUUUUCAUGAGAACGCCAGAUGAUUUAACUGGUAGAGAUGGUUCUAUUAUUCUUAUUGAAUAUUGCGAAGAACAUCCUCCUUUAUUGAAUCAAGUACAUAAAAAUAAAUUAAUUGAUAUUACCCAAUUUUAUCUGUAAUGUUUGAAUAAUGUUUAUUAUAGGUUGGAAUGUGUUCUAAAAUUAAAAACUAUUAUAAACGGAAUAUUGGUAAAGAUGCUGGCCCACCAACUUUACAAUUUGGAGAAACAGCAUAUGCUCAUACUUCACCUUUUUUGGGUGUAUUAUCACCUGGUAAGAUGAUUCAAGCUAUUGAAAAUAAUUUAUACCGAGCACUGAUAUAUGAACAUAAACCUAUGGACACUGAUUUCUUACUUAUAAGAACAAGGUAACUAACAUGUACUUUAUAGAUUUUAAAUUAUCAAUUUCAUUUAUAAUUAAUUCAAAUUAUUGAUUAUAUUAUUAAAUGUUAAUAAUUAAUAUACUUUUAGGCAUGGAUAUUAUAUACGAGAAAUAGAUGGUCUAUUUACAUCUGCACAACUUUGUCCUUUAUAUGAAGUUCCUAGCCCAAAUUCUAAACGUGCCAACAAUUUUAUUAGAGAUUUUUUACAGGUAUUUAUUAUUUGUAUUUAUAUUUUUAACACUAGUCAUUAUUAAUAAUAUCAUUUUCCAUGUAGGUAUUUAUUUAUCGAUUAUUUUGGAAUAAUUAUGAUACCCCAAGACGUAUAAAAAUGGAGGAUAUUAAAAAAGCAUUUCCAUUACAUUCAGAAAGUAGCAUCCGAAAACGUCUUAAGCUUUGUGCAGAUUUUAAAAGAACUGGUAAACAAUUGUUAACUUAGCUAACAUAUUGUUACUAAUACUUGGGUGUUUUAUAUUUAAAUUUUAGGGUCUGAUUCAAAUUGGUGGGUUAUUAGACCUGAAUUUCGUUUACCAUCAGAAGAAGAAAUUCGUGCCAUGGUAUCACCAGAACAGUGUUGUGCAUAUUUCAGUAUGAUAGCUGCUGAACAAAGACUUAAAGUAAAUUAUUUGUUGAAUACAUUUUUUUUUUCUAAAAUUUAUAUUGUUAUAGGAUGCAGGCUAUGGCGAUAAAUUUAUUUUUACUAGUUUAGAAGAGGAUGAUGAAGAAAUACAAUUAAAAAUGGAUGAUGAAAUUAAAGUUGCUCCAUGGAAUACAACACGAGCCUACAUUCAAGCUAUGAAAAACAAGUGUAUACUUCAACUCACUGGUCCUGCAGACCCUACUGGAUGUGGAGAAGGAUUUUCAUAUGUACGGAUGCCUAACAAACCAUCAUUUGUAUGUUUUUUACAAUUGUUUUACAUAUUAAGUAUUAAACAUAAGCCAAUUUAAGUUGAGAAUUUUGAACUUGUGCUAUUUUAGUCUAACAAAGAUGAACAAGAAGUACAACCAAAGCGAACAGUGACAGGGACAGACGCUGAUUUAAGACGAUUAUCUCUAAAUAAUGCAAAAGCUUUGUUGAGAAAAUUUUUAGUUCCAGAAGAAGAUAUUAAAAAAUUGUCACGUUGGGAAGUUAUUGAUGUUGUGCGUACAUUAUCUACUGAAAAAGCUAAAGCAGGUGAACAAGGAAUGACAAAAUUUUCAAGAGGUAACCGUUUUUCUAUUGCUGAGCAUCAAGAAAGGUAAUUAAUACUCCUAUAUAAAAACAAACAUAGUUUUAAACAAAAUAAUAUAAAUAUAUUUAAUUUAAGAUACAAGGAAGAGUGUCAAAGAAUAUUUGAUCUACAAAAUAAAGUACUUUCAUCUAAUGAGAUUUUGUCAACUGAUGAAGGAGAAAGUUUUGAUGAAGAAGAUGGUUCAGACAUUGAAGAAAUGGGGAAAAACAUUGAAAAUAUGUUGUCAAAUAAAAUAACAAGUUCUCAGGUAUAUUAUUUAUUAUGUUGCUAAGACUAUUUUGGUAUUAUUUAAUAUUAUGUAUAAUGAAAUAUUUUGUAAAAAAAAAAAUUAAAUUUUAACUUAACCAUUUUAAAAUAGAAAUUAUAUAUAUUUUUCUCCUUUUAAAAGUCGCACUUUUAAUAUAUAUUUCAACAAUUAUGACAGUAAUGAAGAUAAAAACAAAAUUGUGAUAAAUGUUAACUAAAGUUAUCAUUAAUUCAAUUUUUAAGUAUCUUUAGUUAAUUAUUUUUGUAACCUUUUUAAAUUUAACGUUAAUUGAUUUAGUUAUCUAUAGAAAAAGAAGAACAAGAACGCCAAGAGCUUCGGAAAAUGAUCAUGGAUGACUUAAUUGAUAACACUCAAAAUAAAAGUAAAAAAAAUAAUGAUGGCAAACCACAGACUUUAUCUACUGGACAACUAAGUAUGACAAAUCUAAAAUAAUUGUACAUAAGGUAUAAAAAAUAAAAAUUGAACUGUUUUUCAGGUGGUCGGGUACUUAAGAUUUAUAGAACAUUCAAAGGAGUAGAUGGUAAAGAAUACACUAGAACUGAAGUUGUGCGUAAACCAGGUGUGAUGGAAGCUUAUGUGAAAAUUAGAACAACUAAAGAUGAAAGAUUCAUUAAAGAGUAUACACUUCUAGAUGAGUCACAGAAGGAAGAGAUGAAACGUGAAAAAAGAAGAAUACAAGAACAAUUGAGACGUAUUAAACGAAAUCAAGAACGUGAAACAUUUAUCAAAAAAUCUUUGCCACAGCCUGGUAUAUUUAUAACGUUAUUCAAUGUAACCAAAUGUUGUUAUUUAUUGUGUUUUCUGUUGGUAUUUUAGCACUUGGUUUAUCUAUGUUUAAUCAAAUUAAUGAUGUACCACUGCCUACUUCUGGCAUGGUGAUAAUACAAAAACCAAAACAUAUUGAAGCUACUCCUCCACGACUACGUAAACCAAAGCCUAGUAAACUUAAACCAGAUUUAAAAGUGAGAUGUGGUGCAUGUGGUAAUGUUGGUCACAUGAGAACAAAUAAAGCUUGUUCUCAGUAUAAUUUGAAUCCAUCCUUACCAGUCAAUGUUGCUCUUACUGAAGAGCAAGAAAAAGAAAUCGAAAAAGAGAUUAAUGUAGAAGACGAAAAUUUGAUUAAUGUUGAUGGCACAAAGGUUACAUUAUCUACCAAACUUUUGAAGGUUUGUUUUUUAUUAUUUUAUUCUAUUUUUGUAUUUAUUACAAUGUUAUUUAUUGUUUACUGUUAUGCACUGUUUAAUAAUAAUUUUUUUUUUGGUUUAUAGCAUGUAGAAGAAGUAAAAAGGAGAUCUCUGGUUUUGAAAGUACCUAAAGAUGCAUUGUUACGUAAAAAACGUACUAAUGAACUUCAUUGUGAUUAUUUAAAGAAACCUGAUCGAUCUGCCAAAAGACGUCCAACUAAUCCAAUAGUUGUAUUAUCCAGUAUUUUCGAAUCUAUAUUGAAUGAAAUGCGGAAUUUGCCAGAUGUUCUUCCAUUUAUUUGUCCAGUCAAUAUCAAAGUAAACCUUCAUCUUUUAUUAUAAUUGUUUUUGUAUAACAAUGAAAUUAUGUUGGUUUCUUUAUUAAUGCUCUUUUAUAGAAAGUACCAGAUUAUUACAAUAUUGUACAGACGCCAAUGGAUUUGCAAACAAUUAAAGAUGGACUUCAGAAAAAUAAAUAUCAAAACCGUGAAGAAUUUCUUUCAGAUGUCAAUCAAAUUGUUGAAAAUUCUACAUUGUACAAUGGUAAAUAAAAUACACUGUUAAGGUCUUCUCUUACUUAAAUUUUUAAUGAAAAACUUCAAAUUACAGGUGCUAAGAGCUCAUUGACCCUUGCUGCACGUCAUAUGUUGGGUGUCUGUGUCGAUCGACUACAUGACAAAGAAGAACAACUUAUGUUGCUGGAAAAAAAAAUUAAUCCACUGUUGGAUGAUAAUGACCAAGUGGGUUUAACAUUUAUAUUAGAUAAUGCACUUGGAAAGUUGAAGACCAUGACAGAAGCUUGGCCAUUCAUGAAGCCUGUAUGUCAUAAAUCAGUGAAAGAUUAUUACAGUGUCAUUAAACAACCAAUUGAUUUAGAGACCAUUGCCAUGCGUGUUUCUAGUGAGUACCUUCUAAGAUUUCCAAUAAUAUUAUAACUCUGUUUUUGGCCCUGUAAUGUUAUAAAGCUAAAAUAAUAUACUAAGUUGAUAAUUUAUUUUAAAUUUUAAAAAAUAUUAAUUAUUAGAAAUUAGUGAUUUCUCAUUCCAGUGUAUAAAUAAAAAAAAAAGGAGCAAUAUACUUCACACAUGGGUGCAGCCACUUUUGUAGGUAGGACACAAACCAGAGUUUAAAUUAUAUCUGUAAAUAAUGAUAAACCAUUUCUAACAAAAGAUUAUUCUGAGUGAUGUUCAGUUGAUAGUGUUGUUUUAUCAACACUGUAUGUAUAUGUCAUAUUAUGGUAAAAUGAUAACAACAAUGUUACAACAAUUCCAUGACAACAAUGAUUGUUUAAAAAAGAUUAAAAUAAUAAAAACUUGAUAGUAAAAAAAAAAUUAAUAAAAACAGUUGCUAAUGACAAUUUUGUUUUUAAUCUUUCAAUCUUUCUUGAACUAAAGACCAAGAUUUUCCUCAUUAACUCACAAAUUAAUGAAAAUUUAAAUAACGGAAAUCUCCAAAGUACCCCUGAGAAAACAUUUCCUUUCAGAAAAUGUGCUAUACUUGAUAAUUGAAGUAUGAUUUAUAGUAAAAAAAGUGUUCUCAUAAAAAAUAAGUAAAUAUCAUUGUAAAACCAAUACAUUCCUCGCUCCACUCAGAAUUUAAAAUUAAAGGAAUGGUGUUACUAUAAAUACUCAUUACUUAGUGUACAAUAAUAUUAUCAGUUCUGUAAUCACACCUGAAAAGUAACAAUAUAUUACAGAAAUUUCAAAUUCUGAGUAAGUGGAAGGAAAAUGUAUGUGUAUAAUAUAUACACAACAAUUUGUGAAAAAUAUUUUAAAAUAAGUUGUUAUUUUAGUAAAAUUGUGCAAACUAUUUCUACCACUCACAUUAAAUUUAAAAAUCUAUUAAAAUACAUUUUUAGCUAUGAACUUGGAGUAAAGCGUCAAUCUAAAUCAUAAAUGAAUAUAUGGAAAUGAUAUAAAUUAUAAAUAGUAAUAAAAAUGUAGAAAUGUUUUAAUAAUUUUUGAAUGACUAAACACUUUAUAUAGGUUGUUAAAAAAAAAAUAAUAAUACAACAAUAAUAAUAAUAAAAAAAUGAAUAUAAACUAUAUAAUGGUGUGUUUAUAUUUUUUUUAGGUCAUAAGUAUCAUCAUCGUAAAGAAUUUUUAGCUGAUAUAAAUUUGAUUUUGGAAAACUGUAUUGCUUAUAAUGGUAAAGAUUCAAAAUUUACAGAACAAGCAAGAAAUGUAGUAAAUGAAGCUACAAAAAUAUUGGAGGAGGUAAUAAAUGAUUUACACCAAUUAAAACAAAACAAUGGAAUGAAUUUAAUCAUUUUAUCAAUUUUAAAAAUUUUAGUUUAAUCAAUACUUGACACAAGUUGAGGAAAAUAUCUCUAUGGUACAGACCCGUGCUCUAGAACAGGUUGAAAUUGAUUGUGUGACUGAAAAUGAUAUGCAAGAUGUUGAAGAAGUAAGUUGGUGUUUGAUAACAAAACAUUAGUUAUGUUAAUUUUUGAAAACUGAUUAGUUUAAAAAGUAUAAAUAAUAAUUUGUUUUGUUUUACAUUACAGAACUUAAAUUUGCCAAGUAAAUAUAAAGUGAACAUUGAAGACAUAGAACAACAAAUGAACCCAGGCAGUAGUAGUUUAAAAACAGGGAUUCAUAAUGUUUUAGAAGAAGGUGCUAAGUAUGAUCAUAAGGUAUAAUUUUGUGAUUUAGCUAUAACGGAAUUUUAUAACUGUAGAUUUAAAUUGUUCAAGUGAAGAAGAUGAUGAUUUUAUGGAAGUUGUUGGAAUAAAUAAACCUGAUGAUUACAACCAACGAGAGACAGGAACUAUAGCAUUGCUCGGUAACAUGGAAUAUGAUCUUGACCUUGCAACUUUCCCAAAUCAAAUACAAGGUAAAAAAUACUGUACUAAUUGACUGCAUUACUUUUAAUUCUAUCUACUUAUUUACUAUAGUACCAUAGUUCACUUUUAACUAUUAUUAUUAAUUGAUACCAAUUAGCUUUUACAAUAAAAUAGUGUAUAAAAAAAAAAUGUGCACGUAAAAUUUAAUAAUUCCAAUAAGAUUCAGUAAUUAAUAAGAAUGAACCAAAUGGUUCUCAUUGGCAAACUUCAUCAUGCAGGUGAUGGUCUCAUUUUGGAGAUAAUUAGCCGAGUAAAAAAGAAUAUAAAAUUGCUUCCUCAAUGUAUAAGUUAAAUAAAGCAGGUGAUAAAUUACACCCUUGUCUUACUUCUUUUUGAACUUCCUCUUCGUAUGUGUGUAUUCGCCUUUUAUAGCAAAACUAAUGGCAAUGGAAGGGCAGGGUGGAGGCAGCUUGGAGAUAGUUCAAGUAAUGGCUCACCAACUGCAAUGCAGAAAGCAAGAGGAAACUACUGCAUUAAUUUUCCUGAGGAUAAUGAUGAAAUGAUGAUGAUUGUAGAGGUAAAGAAUUCCGGAGGUAAAAUAGUCCCCCGUUCAGAUCUCCGGGUGGGGACUGCUAAUACAAGGUCGUCAAAAGAGAAGUGGAAGAGGAGAAGAGCGACGUGGAAUGUCAGAUCACUAGGAGUAUGUGGAAAACUUGAAAACUUGAAAUUAGAAAUGGAGCAUUUUCUAGUAUUAAGUGACAAAUCAAGCUUAUCCCCGUAACAAAAUUAUUAAGGUCCUCCUGAAGCAAAAGGCAAUCAUUGACCGAAUUAACCAUGAAAAAUAUUUUUAUAUCAUUUGUAAAACAAUUGAGAUGACUAUGACUAAGAGAAGAGCAAAGGGGACAUAUGCUCUCAGUAUAACAAGUAAAGAUCAUACUUAUUAUUCCACCUAUUCUAUAAAAAGAACUUAACCAUGAUAGUAAAGGUAUUUUGGAAGCAUUCAAAACAGAAAUCAGAGCCUGGUGAUUCACAGAAUCAAAAGCUUAGGCAAAGUCCGUAUAUAUAUGAUAACAACUUGUGACCUUCCUUAAAAACAUUAAAUAUGUAGCUACAAAAAAUAAGGUUACAGGUAUUUAUAGACCACGCUAGUUAAAAACUAUGUUAUUCAUUAGCUAAAAUCAUAUUUAUUAAAGGCUAAAUGGCAUAGAAAACUAAGGACUUAAAAAUCUUUGAUGUAUGUCCAAAAAUAGUAAUAGUCCUACAAUUAGAAACCAAAGAGGGAUUAUCAGAUUUUAAGAUAGGUGUAAUGGAACCAAGUUUCCACAUAUUAAGAAAGUACUUUUAUUUAAAGAUUUCACAAACAAGGGCCAUAUAAUAGAAAAGUUCCCAGGCCUUUCCCAGAAAAACCAUGAGGAUCAACAGAAUAUACAUUUUCAAGGUCAAUAAGUUUAUAGAGAACAGCAGUAGGAGUAAAAUUACAAUUAUGAGGAGGCCAUAAAAAGGUAACACUAAAGAGACAAGGGUAAAACUAACUUGACUAGAGAAAUAAACCGAAGAAAAAUGGUCAGCAAACAAAUAAGCAGUUUCUAACUCACAAGUUCUAUCAUAUCCAUUCAAUGACACAAUUUUUGGAGUAGAAUUAAAAGAACAGUUCUUACACAUGAAACUCCAAAAAUCUUUGGGUGCCUUAGUCAGAGAUUCUUCAAUGUGUUCGACAAAGAAUUUAAAAUAUAUUUUUAUUCAUAUUUACACCUAGCAUGAAGUAAAGAAAAGUCACAGUAGUCAGUUUGAUCAAAAGAUUUGUGUUAAUAAUUUAACAUGUAUUACUUUUAAAAAUCCUAACUAAUUUUAUUUUACUCUUUAGUCUUAACUAGGCCAAAAAACCACUUUUUAAUAAACUUUAAAAGGUCAAGAGGUUAUACAUUUAAUAAUUAGUUAAUUACAAGAUUAGUCAAUUUUGCUAUUACUAUAAAUAUGGUAGUAAGUAGCAUCACAUUUUUCGCAUAAAGAUAUUCACAAACAAAUCUGGUCGUCACCAUCUGGACAGAUAAAGAACCAAAUAGACCAUGUUAUAGUUGACAGAUGGAGAUGGAACAAGAGAAGUAUCAUGGAUGUUCAGAGCAUGAGAGGUAGUAGUGCAUUGCCAGACCAUUUUAUUGUAAGAGCAAAAAUCAAACUACAUUUAUCAGUGAAAUGGCAAGAAAAUGCAGUCUUUAUUAAAAUAUUUAAUACUGAGGGUCUGAAAAAUCAGGAAAACAAAAGAUAAUAAGAGAAUAAAUUAAAAGAAACCACAUAGAUGACCUGUGAAACGAUAUUGAAAACUCAGUCAAAACAGUAGCCACAGAAGUCUUGUGUUUAGAAGAAAGAAGAAUAAGGAAAAAUAUGACCAAUGAAAUUAUUGAAAGAGAUUUAGCAAGACAAAAAUGUAAAAAAACUCAAGUGAGGUCAAUAAAUGAUUACUCAAGAGCAUACUUUUUAAAGUGAUAAAAAAUCAUGAGAAAACUUUAGAUUUUAAGUAAUUGAGAAUAGUUACAAAAAUAACAUAAAACUUUUUUUUGAAAAAGCUAAUGAGAUUAAGACUGGGUUCAAAGCAAAAUCGACAAUCAUAAAGGGUGGAGACUGAUCACAAAUAAGGGAUAAGAAAAAGGUCGCAAACUAGUUUAAGGAGAUGUUUUAGAAAGUGUAGAACCAAUCAUUUAAGGAAGAAAACCUCAGCACGGUUGAACAGAGGUCAGACAAACCCACAAUAGAAGAAGUUGGCUGGGCAGUAAAUAUGUUGAAAAAUGAGAAGGCGCCAGAGGAAGAUUUAAUUAUUGCAGAUCUCCUGGAAAAAAGGAAGAAAAGAUCUAAUGGCAUAGCUAAAAUUACUAGUAGAUAUUAUAUGGAAAUGAGAAAAAAAACCAUAAUAUAGAAUACCAGCAAGAUUUUGUGCCUGAUUCACGAAAAAGGAAACACUAUAGUUUGUUAUUAUUAGACCUAUAUUUCUGUAUGAUUGUGGGGCAUGGAGGUCAAUAAAGUCUGAUAAAAAAAGACUGUUAAUUUUCAAAAGGAAAAUCCUAUGUAGAAUGUAUGGGCCCAAAAGAAGAAGAGAACAUACAGCGAAUGUAAAAUGUAUUCAUACACUCUACAUUUUUAAAUAAAUAUUCAUUUUUCUUCAUGAUAUUUUAUUUUUCUCGAUGAAUUAAUACAUGCAUAUUAUUCUUUUACGAUUUUUAAUUAAAUUUUUUUAAAAAAAAACCAUGACAACAGUUAUAUUAAUAAUAAUAUUCAAUAACAAACAAAACUAUAAAUAUAUAAUAGUAAAAAAUAAUAAUAAUAAUAAAAGUUGUAUCAAAAAAAUGGCUUUAAAUUAUUGUAUAGCCCUAUUUAGUAUUUUUUAGGGUAGCCUUUGGACCUUAUUAUAGCCUCCAACCUCUUAGACAUUGAAUCAACCAGAUGACGUGUUGUUUCUGCUGUGAUUUUAUUCCAUUCCUCUUCUAGAGCUUUUUUUAGAGUUUCCUUACUUGAAAUAUUGUGAUCUCGAAUUUUUUUGUCCAAAUAAUCCCACAAAUUCUCAAUAGGAUUAAUGUCUGGAGACUGUGGUGGCGUCACAAAAUAUUCAGUUACAUUGUUCGACAACCAAGCCUUAACUUUUUUUGCAGUAUGCUUGAGAUCAUUGUCCUGUGUAAAUAUGAAAUCAUCUUUGAUGCCCUUUUUUUCGGCACUAGCUGCAAGAUUUGUCUUCAAAAUAUUUAAAUAAAUAUAUUGGUUCAUAAUUCCAUCGAUAAAGUGCAAGUUUCCAACACCCUGAGCACUCAUACAUCCCCAAACCAUUACAGAACCUCCUCCGUAUUUCACUGUAGGCUGUAAAUUCUUUGGUUCCAUUUUUGUAUUCGCUUUUCUCCAAACACAACGUCUUCAUCAAAGCCAAAAAUAUUAAAUUUACUUUCGUCUGUAAAUAACUUUGUUCCAAAAGUUAUCAGAUUGAUGUAAGUUAUCUCUUGCAAAAGCAAAUCUCUUUUGUCUAUUUUUUUUAUUUACAAAAUAUUUUCGACGAGCUACUCGUUCAUGGUAAUCACUAUUUUUUGAACAAUUUCUAAUUGUACUUAUACAAACACGUACUCCAGAAAAAUUCGCAAGACCUUAUGCUAUUUUAGGAGCGUUUAUUUCAAUUCAAUUUGACUUUUCGUUAAACUAUACGUUUAUCAUGGUCAGAAAGUUUUUUUGGACGACCAGAUCGUUGCUUAUUUUCGUGACUUUUUCGCUCACUGUAUCGAUUUAUCAUGUCUUUCACAGUGCUAUGAGCUCUGCUCGCAUUUUUUUCGACUCAUUUUGUGAUAGAUGAUAUUCCAAUAAUAUUUCGAAGCUAACUGAAUUGGUAUAAUCUUGUAACGUGGUCGGGGACAAACUUUUAAUGUGACAUUUUGUAUAUCUUAUCGUUUUCUAAUAACAUUAUUUUGAGUAAACAGGUGAUUCCGUAACCAAAAUAGAAGUGUACGAAUAUUUAUUGUUCCUAUUUUAUAUGUAUUGUUUUGUUUGUUAUUGAAUAUUAUUAUUAAUAUAACAUUUGUCAUGGUUUUUUUUUUUAAUAUAAUUAAAAAUCGUCAAUGAAUAAUAUGCAUGUAUUAAUUUAUCCAUAAAAAUAGAAUAUCAUGAAGAAAAAUGUAUAUUUAUUUAAAAAAGUAUGGUGUACGAAUACUUUUUACACUUAAUGUAUAUGAACAAAGAACAAAUGCAGAGCUGACAGUAUUAUUCAAUGAGCCAAACACAGUGAGAACUCUUAAAAGCAGAGGGAUAAGCUAUAGUAUGGAGAGUGGAGAGUAAACAGUGCAUGAUAUCACAAUAUGAAAACCAGACAGGAAACGACUGAGAAAGCAGUGGAUUGAUUGAAUUAGGGAAGACUUCAGGCUUCUGGAAAUAAAAGAUGGAGAACAACUGGCUAAAGACAGAGAGAUAUGGAGAGGUUUAGUGGCAAUGAAUCUACAACGCCCAGAAUAGGCCAAAAAAAAAAAAAAAAAAAACUAUAUAAUUUGUGUCUUUUUAUUAGCCUAGUAUUUAUAUUAUCUAUUUUUAUUAUUAUAGAUUUUGAUCCAAACUAUGACCCUUCAGAUUUUUUACCCACUACUAAUAGUCAUACUGUUAACUUGGACCUUAUGGGAUCAAGUUAUCAAAAUCCUGCAGAUAUCCAAGGUGAUUUACAGAUCAGCAAUUCACAUCAAGAAUUGAUUAAAGAAAAUUCUCAAACCAACACCAAGAACAUUGGAUGUGAUUAUGGAGAUUUGUGGUUCUAAGUGAUCAUCACUAUAAAAUUAUAGUUUUAAUGUAUUCUGUUAUGUACUAUUUAUAUUAUUUAAUUUAAUUUAACAGUUGAUUUGGUGCUACAAUUAUAUUUCUUAAAAUAUAAUGAAAUUUGUCAUAGAGUAUAUUUUGUAAUAAUGGGCCACAAUUCAAAUUUAAAUUCACUAACUUGAUAAAUAUAUUUCUUUUUCAUUUUAGUUUAUAUGAAUAACUAUAUUCAUUUUUAUUUUUUCAAUAAUAAUAUUUUUAACACAAUUAUAAACGUGGCCUGGUGUUUCUGAAAUAGACUUAUAUUUUGACUAUUACAAUUAUGAUACUAUGAGAAUAUUAUAUAACCAGAUCCAAAAACUGAUACACCA